AUGUUUCGGGUCAAGUAUCCGGAAGGGAGUGGUGGAGACAAAACCAAACAUCUGAUGGUGAACAAGGAGAGUUUCAAGAAGAGGAAACAAUCCAUCGUUCAGAUCAACAAUCCUUGGGAUCAAUUUUGUUUAGCUCGAGCCAUCGUAGUCACCCGGUUAUACAGUGAAAAACCUGAACAUCCAGACCCCGAAUGGGAAAAACGAUGGAAACGCAUGAGACUAGGAGAUACUCAAUCAUUAAAUCAGAAACGAGAAGCUAUAGCCCUCAUGGAACAAGCCGGGUGUGAUAUCCAUCGGCCUUGUGGACCCGAAGAAUGGGGGAAAUUACAAGUGUUAGCCCCUCUCUAUCGAUUGAAAAUAUUCCAGUUCAAGUCCACCUCCUCUAAACUCACCUUAGAACCCAUUUACAAAGGCUGCGGAGAGGGAACUUGUUUAAAUGUCCUGUUAGACGAUCAUCAUUACGAUGCCAUCAUAUCUAUGCCUGGUGUGACGGGCAAUCAAUACUACUGUGAUCAUUGCGACGUGGGCUACAGAAACAUCACAGACCAUCGUACCCAGUGCCCUCACCGAUGUAAUUUUUGUUUAGCCGACACUCCCUGCCCUGAAGACGGGAGCCGCAUUCAAUGUAGCCAGUGCCAGGGAUUUUUUAAGAGUAGAACUUGCUACGAAAACCAUCUACGGCCUCACAGUAAGAAUACGGUCACCACCGUAUGCAGUUUAAUGGGGCGAUGCGACCACUGUCAGAAAUGGAUGUCUAAAAGAUUACUCGCUCAUCACCAGUGCAAAGGACAGAAACAGUGUAAGAUCUGUAAGAAAACCGUAGACACGGAUCAUCAGUGCUACGUUCAACUCAAGCCCGAGAAAAAGAAGAAGAAGGGCAAAGAGACCUUACAGUUCUACAUCUAUUUCGAUUUCGAAUGUACGCAGGAAACCGGCAUCCACGUCCCUAACCUGUGUGUGGCACACCGCGUAUGUCAACAUUGCGGUCACUUACCCAUAGAAGAUCCCUGUCCUCACUGUCGACACAUGGGACCCCGUCAACACUUGUUCCGAGGGCCAGAGACCUUAAGGCAGUUCAUGGACUGGUUAUUACAACCCACUACAGGAAAUAAGAAUUCCGCUUUAUUACACGACGAGGCCAUCAUCAUCGCCCACAAUUUCAAAGGAUACGACGGACAGUUCAUUUUAAAUUACCUGGUUCAUACCGCCUGCCUGAAACCUACCGUCAUCAUGAACGGCAGUAAAAUCUUAUCCAUGCAAAUCUGCGGACUGAAAUUCAUCGAUUCCUAUAAUUUUUUACCUUUUGCCCUGUCCAAGAUGCCCUCUGCUUUCGGAUUCACCGAACUGAAGAAAGGAUAUUUUCCACACUUUUUUAAUACGGAACACAACCAGAAUUACGUGGGGCCUUAUCCACCGGCAGCUUACUACAAUCCGGACGACAUGUCUAUUAGUGAACGACAGGCUUUUUAUCAAUGGUACGAACAACAAGCCGGAAAAGUGUUUGACUUCCAGAAGGAAUUUUUAGACUAUUGUAUUUCAGACGUCGAUAUUUUACGACGAUGCUGUGCUCAGUUUAGAGCCACCCUCAAGAGCUUGGUCCAUGUAGACCCCUUCCAGGAAUCCAUCACUUUUGCCAGUGCGGCCAAUUUAGCCUACCGUCGAGGAUUCAUGCCCAAAGAGACCAUUGCCAUCAUUCCCAACCUGGGGUAUCAGCCUGCGCGUCGAUAUUCCGCCAAAGCCUGUCGGUGGUUAAGCUGGAUGAGUCACCAGACCGGAUCUCACAUCCAACAUGCUAGAAACGGGGGAGAAGUCAAGAUCGGAAGUUAUACCGUCGACGGAUACCAGGAAGCCACUCGCACCGUCUACGAAUUUUACGGAUGCUAUUGGCACGGAUGCCCCACCUGCUAUCCGAAUUUACAGACCGAAAGUCAUCCUCACCGGACCCAAUUUACCUAUGAACAAUUACACGAGGAAACUUUAAGACGGAGUUCUGUUUUAGAGGAAAUGGGGUACUCCCUCCGUAGCAUCUGGGAGCACGAAUUCGAUCAACAGGUACAAAGAGAGGUAACUCUACAGAAUUAUGUACGAGACCUGGACAUUCCAGAUCCUUUGAACCCCCGAGACGCCCUGUACGGAGGUCGGACUAAUGCCACUAAAUUAUAUUGUGAGGAGGGGGACAUGAGAUACGUGGACGUCUGUUCCUUAUACCCUUACGUAUUAAAACACAGACCUUUCCCCCUAGGCCAUCCUCAGAUCAUAACAGACCAAUUCCAGGACGACUCUACCUCUAAACAUCGAUGUCAACACGCAGACCAGGAACGCAGUCUUACGGGUACCUGGGUGACUACAGAAUUACAUAAAGCCCUGGACAUGGGAUAUACCUUAGAGCGGAUUUACGAGGUUUGGCAUUUUUCACAAAGCAGUCGAGAUUUAUUCAGAUCUUACAUCGAUACCUUCUUAAAGAUCAAACAGGAAGCUUCUGGAUUCCCACCUGAUUGUCAGACGGAGGAACAGAAACUAGAUUACAUUCGUAAAGUCUUAGACAGAGAAGGGAUCAGGAUGGACCUGUUAAGUAUAGAAAAAAAUCCGGUGCUAAGAACGAUAGCCAAACUCUUUUUAAAUUGCUUGUGUGGAAAAUUCGCUCAACGCCUGUUAUUACCUAAAACUCGAUACUUGACCGAAGAAGAGGAACUACAACAACUCUUACAAGAUUCGACCAUUGACAUCAAAGGGAUAGAACUCUUAGAAAAUAAAGAGCAGGCCGAAUCGGACAUGAUGCUGGUCAAUUAUCAAGAGAAACAGGAAUUCGUGGAAGAGUGUCCCUUCGGAAACGUGGUACUGGCCUGUUUCACUACCGCCCAUGCCCGAUUACACCUCUACGAGACUUUACAACCUUUGGGAGAUCGGGUCCUUUAUUUCGACACGGACAGUAUCAUAUACCAACAUGAGGAGGGACAAUUUAAUCCUACCCUUGGCAACAGUUUAGGAGAAUGGACAGACGAAUUAGACGGGGACCACAUUAUCAAAUUCAUGUCAGGAGGCCCCAAAAAUUAUGCUUACCUCACCGCCAAGGGAAAAUCCAUGUGUAAAGUCAAAGGAUUGACUCUCAAUUAUCGGGCCUCUCAGAUCGUGUCACCAGAGACUUUAGAAAAAAUGCUCCAGAAAGAAAUUGACGAAAUCCAAGUCUCGUAUCCCUACAAAAUACAGAGGACUCGUCAACAUGAAGUCAAGACAAUACCUUUAGAAAAACAAUAUAGAAUUGUCUAUGAUAAGAGACAAUUGAUGGAAGAUUAUAACACUUUACCUUAUGGUUAUUAA